AUGGUUGUCUUCAGCAAAGUUACCGCCUCUCUCGCUUGCUUUUCGGCCCUUGCCUCAGCUGCGGCUGUGCCGGUCAAGAGCCCCCGUCAGGGCUUCAGUGUGAACCAGGUGCAGAAGACUGUUACCGGCACCAGGACUGUCAACUUGCCUGGUGUAUACGCCAAUGCAUUAGCCAAGUAUGGUGCUACUGUGCCGGCCAACGUUCAUGCUGCUGCCGUGAGCGGUUCUGCCAUUACCACGCCUGAGGACAACGACGUCGAGUACCUCACCCCAGUCAAGAUUGGCGAGUCUACCUUGAACUUGGACUUCGACACUGGUUCUGCUGACCUCUGGGUCUUCUCUACCGAGCUCUCCUCUGCGGAGCAGAAUGGCCACGACGUCUAUGACGUUACCAGCUCCGGCAAGAAGCUGGCAGGUGCUAGCUGGUCAAUUUCAUACGGCGAUGGCAGCGGUGCCAGUGGUGAUGUCUACAAGGACACCGUCACCGUUGGUGGAGUCAAGGCCACUGGCCAAGCCGUCGAGGCUGCCAAGAAGAUCAGCCAGCAGUUCGUGGAGGACAAGAGCAACGAUGGCCUGCUGGGUCUGGCUUUCAGCUCGAUCAACACUGUCAGCCCCAAGCCCCAGACGACCUUCUUCGACACCGUCAAGUCCGAUCUUGACAAGCCGCUGUUUGCCGUGACUCUCAAGCACGGCGCCCCUGGCACUUACGACUUUGGCUACAUUGACAAGGAGAAGUUCACCGGAUCUCUAGCCUACACCGACGUCGACAACUCCCAAGGCUUCUGGUCCUUCACCGCCGACAGCUAUAAGGUCGGCACUGGUUCUGCUGGUCCCUCUAUCGAGGGCAUUGCUGAUACUGGAACUACCCUCCUCCUGCUUGAUGACACUGUUGUCUCCGCCUACUACAAGGAGGUUGACGGCGCCAAGAACAACCCCUCCGUUGGUGGCUAUGUCUUCCCUUGCGACGCCGACCUUCCUAACUUCACUGUGACCAUUGGUAGCUACGAUGCCGUUGUUCCCGGCAAGCACAUCAAGUACGCUCCCGUCUCGUCUGGUAGCUCCAGCUGCUUCGGUGGUAUCCAGAGCAACUCUGGCAUUGGCUUCUCCAUCUUCGGUGAUAUCUUCCUCAAGAGCCAGUACGUCGUUUUCGACGCGGAAGGCCCUCGCCUUGGCUUCGCCGCUCAGGCAUAA